AUGCCAAUGUCUGGCAACACAUUAAAACUUAUUAAAAGUAACUAUUGGCAGACCUAUUGCGAGAUACAGACAAUAGUCGACAUAUGUGAACGAAAGUUUGUUAAUAACACAAAAUACAUGAAUAAAUUGAUUGAAUCAGUCUAUAGGACAGCCUCUUUGACUAACAAAUUAAUUGACAUAUUUAUUGCCAAAAAAUGUGUAAACAAUUCACAAUUAGAGUCAACGGUUAGAAAACUCAAAGAGCUAUUCGGAGAACUUAUAAAUCAAUGGAUUAAAAAUGAAUGUAAAGUAAUUAUAGAUUCGCUAUACAAGCGCACUGUGAAGCCGUUGAUUGAAAUUAUUAAUAAUUAUUGGUUAAUAUCACUGGACUCGACACCAGAAGAGCAGCAAAUCAAAGUCAUAGCACUGAGAGUUCUCACUAUUUUAUGUAUUAAUAGGAAAGCCGUAAAACAAUUAAUCAAUGAAUGCACUUAUAGUCAGUUCUUGACGUCUCUUAUAACUAAUGAAUCUUCAGAACUGAUUCUAAGGGAAGCCAUCGAUUUGAUGCUUCAGCUGACAAAACAAUUGAUAGAUAAAAGUAAGACAAGUGGUGUCAAUGUCAGUCCCGUCAAACAUAUUGCCCAUCAAUCGGAAGACCCGUUCCCGCAAUUUGUCAUAAAUGACUUCAUAUAUUGUUUAACGAAAGUGAUAGAAGAGGCGAAAAAUGCAAAAAUAAUUUUAUUAAUUUGUGCCACAUUUGCAAACAUGUCUUUUGUCGACAUCGAGUCAAUAGUCAACAGCAAUGCCUUAAAUGUAAUUCUCGGAAAUCCCAUCGUUGCCGAUGACAUCUUCAUCCGGGAUCAGAUUAUUACAAUAUUGGCUAAUAUUGCCCGAAAAUUUCCGCUGGAAAUAGUAAGCAGCGGAGGACUUAUCUAUAUUAUCAAUUCGUUGCAAUUGAGAUAUGAAGACAUGGAAGAAGAGCAACAACUAUUGGCAUUAGAACGGAUCCAACAGAAGGUGUCGGUGGCCAUCGCCCGACUGGCCAAUAGUGCGAGUGUUACGCAAAUAUUUUUCAGACUUAAUGCCGUCAAACGGCUGAUCGAUUUAUGUAAAAUUCCUGAAGAAAGAAACUUUAACGACAAUGUCCUCAUCGCUUGUAUGGCAGCGCUCAAGAGUUUAAAGUAUAGAGACUUGUAUUGCAAUUGA